GAGAGAAAUCAGACCCAGAACCACCAGUGGAACCCACCCAACUUCUGUAAAUGACCAAAAUUGCUUGCCAGAACAAGGUUUUGAAAAUGGCUCCCAUUUUGUCACCAUUCCUCUCUACAAAAACCUUCAACUCCUCCCCCCAACCUCACUUCCUUUACAAACUUCCCAAAAACCCCUCUCAAAGAAAAGAAAAAUUCCCCAUUGCCAUGCCCAGACCACAACAAAGAUUCCGCGGUGUCCGACAGCGCCACUGGGGCUCCUGGGUCUCGGAAAUCCGCCACCCUUUAUUGAAGACUAGAAUUUGGCUAGGCACAUUCGAGACGGCGGAGGAUGCGGCGCGGGCCUACGACGAAGCUGCACGGCUGAUGUGCGGUCCAAGGGCAAGGACUAACUUCCCUUACGACGCGUCUCUCUCUCGUUCCUCCUCUUCUAGACUCCUCUCUGCCACCUUGACCGCCAAGCUCCACCGCUGCUACAUGGCAUCGCUGCAGCUAACCAAGCAAUCCUCCGCCGUCCAUCGACCUCUGAUCAACCCAAUCCAAACCGAUGCUACUGUGGCCUCUAGCAUUGCCCCGGCCAACCGAGUGGCACCCGAAGCGACCCCGAUGAAAGUCAAACUGGAGAGCGGCGAUUGCGGGCAGCCGUUGAUGAUUGAGAUUCUGGAUGAUGACCACAUAGAACAAAUGAUCGAGGAGCUGCUUGAUUACGGGGAAAUUGAGCUCCGCACGGCCAUCUGACAGUUGACCGUUAAGUCGUCUGAUCUUCUUACUUCAACUAUAAAUUUUUAUUUUCCCUAAUCAUGUACAAAAUAUCAAUUAAUUUAGCUAAUUUAACCCCCCCUUAAAAAAACUCGACUUUUGAUCGUUUGAGGUCAUUAAUUUGCUCCUGGCCACCCAGAUUUGUUUGUCUCUGGUUUGCCAAUUGAGUGGCGGCUCCCAAGUUUACUUUAUGUACCUUUUAAUUAUGAAGUCAUUAGUUACUUAAUUACUGCACUUUUUUUUAGAUUUAAUCAAAAUAGUCUCAUUUAAUCUAUU